GUUGUUGCGGCCCUUCGGCCCUUGUUGUCGCUCACGUGCUUGGGCUUAGUCGCGGCGGUUUCUCUUCGGGGACGGUUCGUGCGUUUAGUGUCGAACUUUUUUCUGCAACUGCAAUUUAUUGAAUUUUAUUGUGGGUUUCGUUAGCAGCGUGCGCCGCAUUCUCAUUCGUUGUUUCUACUUGGAGUGUGUGCACUUUUGUUAGAUUGCGAAAGCGACUAAAAUUUCUUUUUUAAAUAAAGGGCAGUGUUUGGAGUGAGAAAGGGAGGAUGAAGGAGCUCGAAAUCAGCAAAGGACUGAAGGAGGAGAUCGAAACUAAUCAAAAUCAACUAAAAAAUGCUAUUCGUAAUCAUCAGAGUUUUGUCAUCAGGCUGAAACAGGACCCUGACAACGUCGAUUUGCAAAAGGAAAUCAACAAAGCCGAACAGGAAAUUAUCCUGACAGGAAUUGCUCAGAAGAGUCUCCUCGAGCGACUUCGGGAAGAAUACAAAGCUCACCAAAAAACGCUGAAGACCAACGCCGUCAAGAACAGCAUCGAGGAGCGCCGAUUUAACUUAAGUAACGCUCUUAGUCGAGCCAGGAAGCAGAAUAUAGUAUCACGUCCCACUUCCGUAUCCGUUUCGUCGGUUUCUGAUGAGUCAUUCGAAGCGACUUCCGCACACUCCUCUCCUGAACACCAGCCUUUCAACCCGGUGGAUCCCCACGAUACCACGCAGUCGGAGUUCUUGAACAACUUCGGCUUAGUCACCCAUGAUGUGUACAAAGAGAUGCAGAAUAAACGCGUGGAGAGGAAGAGAAGGAGUACAGCAAAUCCGCACUUCUUGUACGGCAAUAAAGGAUGGGAUUUCCAACCGAAAAAGAAAAGAAAUUCGUAUUUAUAUUCGUCUAUUUCGCCACCGAAUACCCGCCAGGCCGUCCGUAAGAAGAACGAAAGGGUCUCUCCGCCCUUGCCAAACGGCAACAGCACGACUACGAAAUCAGCAUUCGCGCCCUUUCCCCCCAUUCCCAACCUACCCAGCGGACUGACGAUCGAAAGGGUGAGCCCUACGAGCUCUUCGCCCGAUUCGAAGACUUGCGUGACCUGUAGGCAACCAGGUUUAUUGUCAAUUUGCGAGAGCUGCGCGAACGGCUUCCAUGUCAGUUGCCAUAACCGGCCUUUGACUCAGUCUCCGCGGCAGUGCCCCAGGUGCAUAAACAAAGAAGUGCGCACGAUAGGGUCUCUUAAUGUGCCUUCGGGAAUGAGCGUAUCGUAUGUGACCUCGACCGAGCUCUCAGAAAAACUAGAGGAAAAGAAAAAGUUGGAAAAAGUUAAUAAGACACUUUCAGCUGAAUUGACCCAAUUGCAGGAUCGACACUCGCAGCUGACAAUCUCGCUGAAGAACCAGAAGAGUCAGCAGGAAGAAUUGCUGACGACGCAGCAAACGACAGAGGAGAAAAUUAAGCAGAUUCUGACGUUUAUUAACAAUGUGAAGAGCGAGAUGGUUUCCAAACCGGCGCAAGCGAAGGCGUGAAGGCGGAACUGUGUGAUCAAUUUAGUUUUUGGAGAGAUGUAUAUAACGUUGUUCUUAUCUCUAUUGUUAAGACUGAGGACGGUAUAUUUUGUUAUAAAAUGUUUUUUAAGAAUUUGUAAUGAAUUAAACGAUGAGGACCACAA